GCGAGGUCAGGCCAGCGUCACGUGACGUGGGAGCGGGAGCGAGGCACAUGUCUGGUCCGCCAUUGUUCUGUGAUCCACUCCCUUCCUCAAAACUUCCUCUUCCCCAGGACUUUUCCAACGAUUCAGUGCUGCUAGCUCACCGCAGGACACUUCUUUACAGACUUAAGACUUUUUCUGUUGGGAAACUUGGAGGAUUCACGGGGAUUUAGACGGCGUUUUCGUACGAUGUCUGCCAGCGUUGAUCAGAGGCCUAAAUCACAAGGAAAUAAAGUUGCACAAAAUGGACCCGUGAAUACGAAGGAUAGUGGGAAAGGGGAGGAAUUUGAGCCGUACCUGCAACAUAACCAGACUGGCCAGGCCUACGCAGGAUCCACGCCCAUGGCGCACGGCACCUCCAUGUCGGACCCCUACAUGCCCAGCUACUACCCCUCCAUGUCCUUCCCGUACCUCAGCAGCACCGAGUGGUCCACCGGCGACCCCAUGUCGUUCGGCUGGCCCAACGGCGGCGACCAGCAACACUACGGACAGGACGCCAUGUUCCCUCCCACGGGGAACGCGCUGGGAAGCACCCCUCCCUACUUUAAUCAAACUGGGUUUAGCUUCUUCCCCCAACCGGUGGGUGGGACGGACUGGGGCAGCAGUGGCUGGCCUCAGGGAUCUGGACAGAACCAAAGUGCCAGUGGGGGUGGCAGCCAGGCUCAGACUGCUUAUGACUAUUACCAACCCCCCGUGUCGAGUUACAAUGGACCCAACCCCUACCAGAGUAACGGACCAACGGACGUACCUACUAACAAGGCACCUGGACACGGCAUGAAAUCGGUUGAACAAGGGUUAACUGGACUUACCCUGGGAGGCUCGGACAACAAGGCACAAUCGGGCUCCGCUGGGAGUCAGAACGGGAAUAAGGCGGUACACGGACACGGACAUGGCCAUGGGGACGCGACGGCGGCGAGCUCGGCUGCCAAGACCAACGGAACUUCGGCUACCACCACCACGGCACCGUCGAAGCCCAUCUCGUGGGCCUCGAUCGCGAGCAAGCCUGCCAUCCCGCAGCCGAAGGCAAAACCUAAGACCGGUGGGGGAUCGUCCGGCGCGGUCAUGCCUCCCCCGCCCAUCAAACACAACAUGGACAUCGGAACCUGGGAUGGGAAAAAUGUCCCAAAGAAGCCCCCACCCCCGCAGCAGGCCCCGCCUCCACCGCAGGCCUGGAACGCAAACCCUCGCGGGCGCGGUGGCCCCCCUCAGAACCAGCAAGGUGCCCAGAUGGGCGGGACUGCCGGGCUGACGCCCAUCGCGCACCCCAGCGGGGCUGAAAACCCCGCCGCGGCGAGUCACCCCAUGUUGGACAAACUUCGCAUGGAGAUCAAGAGCAACUUCAAGGAGUUCAACACGAACCCCAAGAACUCGCGCUUCUUUGUGAUCAAGAGCUACUCUGAGGACGAUAUCCACCGUUCCAUCAAGUACCACAUUUGGUGCAGCACGGAGCACGGAAACAAGCGCUUGGACCAGGCGUUCCGCGAGCGCAAGGGAAAGGGACCGAUCUACCUGUUCUUCAGCGUAAACGGGAGCGGGCACUUCUGCGGCGUGGCGCAGAUGAUGUCUGAAGUGGACUACAACGCGGACACGGGCGUGUGGUCGCAGGAGAAAUGGAAGGGCAAGCUGGAGGUGAAGUGGAUCUUCGUGAAGGACGUGCCCAACUCGCAGCUCAGGCACAUCCGCCUGGAGAACAACGAGAACAAACCGGUGACAAACUCGCGGGACACCCAGGAGGUUCCCCCCGAAAAGGGGAAGCAGGUCCUGAAGAUCCUCUCGAACUAUAAGCACACCACCUCCAUCUUCGACGACUUUGUGCACUACGAAAAGCGACAAGAGGAGGAGGAUCAACUCCGCAAGGAGAGGAAGCACCGGGGCAACCACCAAUAAAUGGCCUGGCAAGGACCCUGCCCCUAACGGACUUGGUGUGGACUAAGACCAUGUUACCCUGACAUCCCUCAAAAGGAAUUUGGACUUCUAUCUUUGAAUGGAAUUUAAAAAAAGACGCUACUAGAUCUACGAACUUGGACUUCUAAAAGUCGGCGGUACUCUAUGAGGACGAAACCGCCGGCUUGGACUACAAUCAAUUGAGAAACAAAAAAACUGAAAGCAAGGUCUCCAACUUUUUAAAAUUAAGAUUUUUAGUUAUUUUGACGCAUUCACUGGCAAGCGCAUAUGUGUAACCCCCCAUGCUUAUACCCUUCGACGUAAACAUGGCAUAGAAAAGAUUUGCUUAAUUGUGCACAACUUAUUAACAAUCCUAGCGAACAGAACGGAUUUCUGUAGAAGCAUAUAUGGGUAUAGGUGGUAGUGAGUGUAAUGACUGUAAGCACCUCCCCUAUUUACAUCUUAUCUCCUUGGAUUUUGGUUUGACGGUAGAUACACGAACAUCAGUGGUAAGUAAGCUCAAACGGAAUAUAGAAAUUGUUUCUCGACGCCGUGUAGGGCAAUUUUUUCCUUUCUCAUACUAGUAUCUUGCCUCUGUCGUCUCUUUCUUCAGCUUUUCUGUGAUUGGCUAAAAAAUGGAGUGUAGGUUGAUCGGGAACGGAUCCGGAGUCGCGAGACUUCGGCGCGGUGCAGAAGGCUUUGAAUUUAAAACUAAUGAAUGCUUAACACAUGAUUAUUCUCUAAGUAGUAGAAAUAGCAGGAACAAAUAAAAUUGCAGGAAAGAUA